AACACACUCCUCAUCCUUGUGCGUUGCUUGUAAUACAGGGUGAUGCUACAUAUUCGAUGCUGUAUGGGGAUCUCGUAAACCGCGAUAGAUACAGGGUCGGUUAAAUGGGCGCAAAGUUGGACAUUUUGAUGCUUAACAAAAUGUCGUUUUGAAAGUUGAGUAUUUUCGAGUGAUUCCGGAGUUAUCCGAGAAAACCCGAAAUUUGGUUAUUUUUAUUUUAUUUUUUUCUGGCGUUAUUUGACAAGAUAGCCAGAAACUAAAAACAUAUUUUCAUUGCCACUUUUAUGUACCUACAGAACGGCAUUGUCAGGUUUGCGAUCUGACGUUUCGUCUUCCGUCCACCAUCAUCAAGUUUAUUUUUCUUAUGGUCGCCAUAUUGUUUUGUAAUUUACUGUGCAAUAGGCAUCUCUGAUUAAGAUCGCAGCGCCGCCUACGGUGACAGUUGACAUAUAGCUAUGGGCCAUUAUUCUUUGUUUACAUUUUGUUUAUGCACGUGUUUUAGCUUGGAAGUGUGAUAUUUUUGUGGUUUGUUUUGCGAAUUUUAAUUAUUGUUCAGGGACACUAACAAAAAUCCAAUAUGAGGCUGAGUAUCAUGGAGUUCAUGAACUAUGUAGGUGGGUCUGAGCAUUCCAAAUGUGUGGUGGAAGGUGAAAAUGUGCUAAAUGCAGGACAUCUUAUAUUGGCCGGAAAAAUUGAGGAAUCUUCUUGUUCUGACUAUAUAGAUGUAUAUGGAUUAUGUUUGCAGUCAAGUGUAUUAGAUUCCAAUCCCCAUGAAAUAACAGGAAAAUUGUCACUUUCCAAAUCCAUUAAAAUUUCCAGUAUGUUAUGUUCAUGUAAAGCUGGAAACAGCGGAAAAUGCAAACAUGUUUCAGCUUUCCUUAUUAGAUGUAUAAGGUGAGUUUUGAAGUCCCAAUUAUUUCCAUGCAGAUAUGAUUUUAAUUAACAUACUACCUACGUAGAAAUACCAAACUGCAUAAUAUUCUUAACAUCCGUUUCUUUUUUUUAGACAAGAUGUGGAACAUUGGGUUCUAUUUCCCAAACUGAAAAAAAAAUGUGUAUGGGCUAUUCAAAAAAACCUUACCAAGGAAAAAUAUCGGCCUGUAUCUGUGGAUGAAAUGCCAUGUUUUGAAAAUAAAGGUAUAUAUAAAAGCCAGCUUGAUGUAAAUCCCGAUGAUAUAGUCAAUUUUUUUUGUAAUAAAUUGCCUGCCUCAGCAAUUGCUAAGCACAUGAAAGGUCGAAGAGAAGAGUGCUCUACAGAUGUUUGUACAAAUUUGGAAAAAAACUGACAAUUAUUGUGUUAGUUACAUAGAGGCUAUUUUGAAUGUGGCUUGCCAGUCACCCACUAUGCUGUACUUGACAUCAAUUGACAUACAAGUCGGAAAAGAUUGCUGUGCACAAAUAGUGUCCACUUUGUGUAAUGAUGAUAUAGAGGAAGCCAUACAUUCUCCACAACGUUCAGUGGAUUGGGAAAAAAAAAGGAAAUAUCGUAUUACUGGGAGUCGCUGCUACGAAAUUUACACCUAUUCAAAGGAUGAUUGGGAAACUAAAUCAAUAAAAUAUUUCAACCCCAUCCAAAUUAAUAACAAAUAUAUAAAACAUGGCUUGAAAUAUGACAGUUCAGCACGAGACAUUUUUGUCAAGAUAUCAGGAAUGACUGUUGUGGAAUGUGGCUUAGUUAUUUCUUCCGCCAACAGGUGGUUGGGAUAUUCCCCUGAUGGUAUAAUAUUUUUCAAGGAUAAUCCACUUUAUCUCCUUGAGAUAAAGUGUAUUUUCGAAGGUAAAACUAAGACGAUUCUUGAAGCCAUCAAGAGUGCAAAAUAUGUGGUCGAAGAAAAUGGUCAAUACCAUCUUAAAAAGAAGCACAAGUAUUACGGCUAAGUGUAGAUGGGGAUGGCAGUGUUGAAUUUGCCCAAAACAUAUUUUGUGUUAUAUGCUUCUUUUGAUGAUAGUGUGUUAAUAAUGGAGGUUGAUUUUGAUUACGAAUUUGUUUGUGACAUGUUAAUAAAUGUAAAACAUAAAUAUUUUGAAAAAAUGAUACACAACUGUUGUACAUAAAUAAUAUUUAUUACUGGUAUAAAAUAUAAUGAUAUGUAUGUAGUACGUUUCUAUAUACAAAUUAAAUAAAAUAAGGUUAACAGUAAAUUUAAGAUUUUUAUGUCUCUAUGUACUAUGUAUCUAUGUAUGUGUAAGUAGUACAAAUCCUCAUUCUGAUAAAAAUCUGGUGUCUGCUAAAAUUGGUGAAGAUAAAUUUGUUAUUGCAGAAAUUAUUAUGAAUAUAUCUUCAACCAUUGGAACUAGAGCCCAAUUUAAUUUACCACUAAGAAUUUUGAAAAUCUUUAAUCGUUGAUUCGAACGUUCGAUGUGAACCCUAGCAGAUGCUAUUUUGGCAUUCAAAAUUGAUUCUUCUGAAGAAAGUUGUGAUUUAUGUCGCAAGAAAGGUGGCCUAAUUAGUUUUACUUUGUAUAAAUUACAAAUGUCAUCUAUAACAAACCCUUUGUCAACCAUAAUUGCAUCUCUGUUAGGAUUCAAUAAUGAUAUUAAAUUGCUUUCUUCAAAUAUUACCUUAUCAGAAGCUCUUCCCCCAUAUGGUUUACUGAUAUAUGUUAUAAGCCCACCAGGUGAAACUCCUGUCAUAAAUUUGACAGUUAUGUUAGAUUUAUAUUGU